AGGAACGUCAAAAUUUGAGAACAUAGUAAUAUGUUUUGGGAACUGUCAGAAAAGAAGGAGAGAAGAAAUUGUGUGUCGUUUGCUGAACGUCAUCAACAGUGAAGACUGGUACUUCCCGGUUGGUGAUCUGAUCUUCACACAAACAUCGUCAUCUCAAGGAUUGCGUGCAGAUUGUCAACAAUCUGAAAACCUAAGCAAUAUGCGCCACGCUAAAUUUAUCGCUCGCACGGUGUUCGUACAAAACAACAAUGUCGAGGAAGCAUGUCGCGUUUUGAAUCGAAUUCUUGGCAAGGAAGAUAUAUUCGAUCAGUUUCGGAGGACGCGUUACUACGAGAAACCAUUUCAGACCAGACGCCGGGUGAACUUUGAGCGAUGCAAAGCUAUCUACAACGAGGACAUGAACAGGAAGAUUCAGUUUGUGUUGCGUAAGAACCGGGUAGAUCCGUUCCCUGGUAGCUCUUAAAAUGUAAGCAAAGGUAUGGAUUAAUUUGAUGUAUUAGCAAAAAUAAAAAAAAUACAGGAAUACUUCCUGUUAGGAAA